UUUGAAAUAGACAAAUAAAGCGAGCAGAGCUAAAUGCUUAGUGCGAUUUAAAUUAAUCAGUUAUUUAAAAAGCUACAAAAGAUUAUAUUAAAAUGCGUAACCUACCCAUGUUGCUGCGUAUGGCGGAGGAGAUGACCCGCAUGCCACGCCUGUCCCCAUUCCAGUCGUUUUUCCGUGAGCCACCUUUCUGGAACAGCAUUGCGGCUACACCACGUAAUUGGCAGCAAAUUGGACGCUGGCAGCAGCAGCAGUUGACACCGGCGGCAUCCAUAGGCAAGGAAGGCUAUCAAGUGUGCCUGGAUGUCAGCGACUAUAAGCCCAAUGAGCUGACUGUGAAGACUAUCAACAAUAAUGUUGUCAUUGAGGGCAAGUCGGAGCAGCAAGAGGAUCCAGAAGGCGGCUUUAGUUCACGACACUUUCUGCGUCGUUUUGCCUUGCCCGCAGGCUACGAGGCGGACAAGGCUACAUCCAGCUUGAGCAGCGAUGGCGUGCUGACCAUUAAUGUGCCCAAUCCACCAGCUGUGCAGGAGGCGCUUACGGAGCGUGUGGUGCCCAUACAGCAAACCGGUCCGGCAGAGGUUAAUGUCAAGCCAAAUCCCCCACUUGAUGAACCGGAUAAGAAACAGGAGCAGCAGUAAAGCCAAAAAUUAUAAUUAACCAAUUUAGUUUAACAAUUAGACACCAAACAAAUUCAAUUAGCAAUUAAUAAUAGAAACAGUCUGUUUAUUUA